CUAACAUCUCCCCUCAAGCAGAACUCUGGCUGAAGCAAGAGGAAGCUUGGACACUAGCUGGAAACUGGAAACUUUGAGAAGAGAGAAGUCUGACAUGCGCCGGUGGCUACUCACGUCGUUGGAGAAGAGAGAAGUGUGACGCGCGCCAGUGGCUGCUGACGUCGUUGGAGAAGAGAGAAGCUGACGUGUGCCGGUGGCUGCUGACGUCGUUGGAGAAGAGAGAGAAAUUGACGUGCGCUAGUAGCUGCUGACAUCGAUGAAGAAGAGAGAAGGUUGACGUGCGCUUGUAGCUGCUGACGUCGAAGAAGAAUAGAGAAAGCUACUCGAGGUGCCUGUUUGACUGAAGAUCCUUGACAUUUUUUGUCUUUUUCUUGGAUCCGGGCAAUGCCCUAUUUCCUUCUUGAAGGGGUGAGUUGUAGAGGUCUUAUUUCCUCUUUCACUACUUCCCCUCUUGGCUUUGCUUUUUUGUGCUGAUUUACUUUGGAUUUUUAAUGGUUCAACAGAAGAGAAAGAGAAAGGAGGUGCAGAGGCGUCUAGCACAAAAUCGCGAAGCAGCUCGGAAAAGUCGUCUCAGAAAAAAGGCAUAUGUUCAGCAAUUAGAAACCAGCCGCAUGAAACUCACACAACUUGAAUUGGAGCUUCACAAAGCCAGACAACAGGGACUUCAUAUUUUAGGCGCCACGCGCAACAUAGCACUCUAUGGAGCUAUAAAUCCAGGUAUGAAAACACAGGAACUCAACCGAUUAUCUAGUUUAACUCCCCUUUAUUAACUCGAUAUUCCUUCCCGCAUUUUUCGAAUGCAGGAAUUGCUGCAUUCGAGAUGGAAUACGCACAAUGGGUUGAAGAGCAGCAAAUGAGAAUUUCACAACUUAGAAACGCUUUGCACGGCAAUGCGCACGACGCUGAAGUGCAGUUACUAGUGGCUAACACCUUAAACCACCACUAUCGUCUCUUCCAAAUGAAAGCCGGUGUGGGCAAAGCAGACAUAUUCUACUUGAUAUCAGGAAUGUGGCAAACUCCAAUUGAGCGGUUUCUCCUAUGGCUCGGAGGAUUCAAACCAUCCGAAUUUAUAAACGUUAUAUUGCCACAAAUCGCGCCCUUAAGCGAAGAGCAGUUCUUGAGCGUGUACGACCUGCAACUCAGUUGCCAACAAGCCGAGGAUGCACUCAACCAAGGAAUGGACAAACUGCAACAAUUCAUGUUCCAUAGCAUGAGACUUAUAAGCAUGGGAAUGGCGAGUUGCAACACACAAUUAGUGUCCGCUCUAGAGAAAUUACAAUCACUCGAAACCCUCGUCAACCAGGCUGAUAACCUCCGACAACAAACAUUGCAGCAGAUGUGUCGUAUUCUCACAACCAGGCAAGCCGCGAGAGGAUUGCUUGCGUUUGGGGACUUCUUCCAACGCCUACGUGAGCUUAGUUCAAUUUGGGCUGCCCGUCCUUAUGGAAUCUAUAACUAAUAUAUGAAUGUAGCUUCUUUGUAGUAAACUAGAUUUGCCAUUGUAAGUAACUCAUAGGUGUACUAUGUUGUUAUUGCCCAAGGUGAUAUAUGGCAAAAGAAACCUAUGUAAAUGCGAGAGUACGAAUGUUGUUCUUGAUCUAAGUAAGAAUGUGCAUUAAUGUUUAGUAACAUGGGCU